AUGAGAUGGGAUGAUUCAUACUUAAGGAAACGAGAACAAUGGAAAUUGAUUCAUCAGAUAAGACAUUCGUUUUCCUUAUUAAGUCGAACGAAAGAAGAAGGUAUGCUACCGAGGGAGGCAAUUCUGGGACCUGCUAGAGCCCUUUUCAAGAAGAAAAGCUCUAAUAAUGUUCGAGACGUAGAGAUGCGAGAGUUUACGCAGACCGAUUACAAGGGUUCUGGAUUUUUGGGGAAUCCUUUUCCAGAGGAUUCUUUAUUGAAAAGGAACAAUGACGAGAUUGAGGCCUACGAUACAGGGUUGAGUCAAGUUAGAUCAAGAUUUGAUGAAGAGGAGAGCGAGGAAUCUGAUGAAGAUAAUGAUUUUCCCGACGGUGGCCCCCAAGCAUGGUUAGCAGUUUUAGGGGCAUUCAUUGGAUUAAUUCCAGUAUUUGGUAUGCCUAAUUCUGUAGGUGCUAUUGAGUCAUAUAUCUCUAAGCAUCAAUUGAAAGAUGUACCUUCAUCAACGGUUUCAUGGAUCUUUUCACUUUACCUGGCUUUCAGUUUUCUAAGUUGUAUUUUCUCAGGCGGUUAUUUUGAUAGAAAUGGUAGCACAACUCCGAUGAUCGCUGGUACAAUAGUGUAUGUUGGUGGAUUAUUUGCAUUAGCUAACUGUUAUAAGACUUACCAAUUCAUUUUGGCAUUUUCACUUUGUAGUGGGAUUGGAACAGGUGUGCUGGUGACACCUCUGGUGAGUGUAGUAGCAACUUGGUUUGAUAAAAAAAGAGGUAUUGCCACUAGUGUUGCUACUAUGGGCGGAUCGCUUGGAGGUGUUAUUUUCCCAAUUAUGUUGAGAAAAUUGUACGAUGAAGUUGGAUACCCUUGGACAAUUAGAAUCCUAGCAUUCUUAUUUUUAGCAUGCCUAUUAUUUUCAGUAAAAUUCGCUCGUGAAAGGGAGAAACCCGCUGCAAAACCAUUUGAAUCUAAGAAAGAUAUGAUUCGAUGGUAUGCGUCUGCAUCUUUAAAUUGGAGAUAUUUUUUGGAAUGGCGAUUUCUCAUUACUGCUUUGGCGGCAUCUCUGGCAGAAUGUUCCUUGACGGCCUCCGGUACUUAUUUGACUUCCUAUGCAUUGGCAAGAGGUUAUAGUCAGUCGAUGUCAUAUUAUUUGAUUACCGCUAACAAUGGGCUGGGUAUCUUGGGUCGAAUCAUCCCCGCUUACGUGGCCGAUAAAUGGUUAGGAAGGUUUAACGUUUCCAUCAUUACAAUCGCAAUGGCUGCUUUCUUCAAUUUCAUCAUUUGGUUGCCAUUUGGUGGCCAAUCUGGUGCCCUUUGGGCUUACGUUUGUCUCUAUGGGUUUGCUACGGGUUCUAUCUUAACUUUGACGCCGGUUUGCAUAGGGCAAAUUUCAAGUGUUCACGAUUUUGGUAAACGGUAUUCAACCGCAUAUUUCUUGCAAGCAAUUUUAACCAUUCCAGUCCUGCCAAUUGGUGGUGUUAUUAUAGGUAACGGUUCCAUUGCAAAUUACAACAAGUUUAUCGUAUACGUCUCUGUACUCAUGGCGGCAGGAGCGUUCUGUUAUUUCAUUUCAAGAAAUCUAUGCGUAGGUCUUCGCUUGGCCAAAUUCUGA